ACCUUCGCACCAAAAUCCAAAUCCAUUACGGAUUCUGGAAACCACAAAUUCUUACAAUUAGACGAAUCCGAAAUCUCAGUCUGCCUGAAAAUUCAAUCCUUCUUCCGCUCCGUUGAAUCCAAAGAAGCAUUGCAGUUGCACGAACUAGAAAUUUCUUCAUCAAUGACGGAGGAUAAUUGCCCUAGAGUUUCAUCUUCUGAAACCGUAGACUCCAAUUCUUCAUCAACGAAGCAAAGGAAACGGAGAAAGUGGGAUCAGCCUGCGGAGACAUUUGUUCCAGAAGGGGUACCGGUAUCUGGGAUUUUUCCAUUGGUAAAUACUGGUUCUCUUGCUGGUAUCACACUACCUGGCGUAAUUCCAGUCUUGGGUGCUGCUUUUACGAAUCCUCUUACCGCUAUUGGUACUACUACAGUGCAGCAGCUUCCCGUAAUUAUUGCCCAAAAAUCAGUUCAACCGAAAAUUCAGGAUGAGUUGAUAGCAAGGGAAAUUGUCAUUAAUGAUGCUGAUCCGUCUGUUCGCUACAGGCUCACAAAGCGCCAAACACAGGAAGAGAUUCAGAAGAGCACGGGUGCUGUGGUUAUAACUAGGGGUAAAUACAAGCCUCCAAGCGCACCAUCUGAUGGUGAAAAACCCCUAUACCUUCAUAUUUCUGCUGGGGCACAUCUAGAAACAACACUUGAGAGGAUCAGAGCAGUUGAUCGUGCUGCUGCUGUAGUGGAGGAAAUGCUUAAGCAAGGUCCUGUUAACAAUGGAUUAAAGGUUAAUCAUCUGCUGAGUACCUGUGUGUACCUGGGCUUUGAGGCUGAUCCAUCAGCAAAUAUUACUGUGCGCAUUCGUGGACCAAAUGAUCAGUAUAUAAAUCACAUUAUGAAUGAAACUGGAGCAACUGUCUUGCUAAGAGGACGUGGUUCGGGAUAUUCAGAUGAAGGACAGGGAGAAGAUGUUCACCAACCUCUGCAUUUACUCAUAUCAAGCAAUAACAGUGCAAGUCUUGAGCGUGCGAAGCUUUUGGCAGAAAAUCUUUUGGAUACUAUUUGUGCAGAGUGUGGUGCUUCUAGAGUCUCGUCUUGUAAGGUUUAUGGAGCUGUUCCGCCUCCACUGCAACCGUUAGCCAGCAUUCAGGUUUCUGGAAGUGAAUCAGAAGUCAAUAACAUACCCACAGCCAAUGUAGCUGCACAGAUUUUGAGCUCCUCAACAGCAGCAGCAGUUCCCGUGACUACAGCUGCAGGUGUGACUGGUGUUGUUUCUCAGGGUACAGUACCUCAAUCUCUAGGCUCACUGAAUCCUGUGCCAUCUCAACCUCCCACCAGUUGCUAUCCUCAUCAAUUAGUUACAAGUAGAACAAGCUAUAUUGGUUAUGAUGGUAUAUAUCCCCAAGCCACUGCUUUGCAGCAAGUUGCUUUGGCUCUUAGGCAAUCUACUUCUCCAGUCACUACCACAGUUCCUCCAGCAACAACGGGACCAAGCAUCACUUCACAGAAAAGUACAGGUUCUGAGAAGGACAAGCGCCCUGCACAGAAGCGUAAAUUUCAAGAAUUGCCGGCUGGUGGAAGAGGCCAAGCAACUGUAAACCAGAAUCCACUGCAGGGUACGGAGCUUCUAAUGCUUCAGGAACGAAUGUCAGACAAAGGUGAUAGAGACAAAAUUGGUACUCCGGCUCCCAGAAAGUUGGUUCAGCCCUUACCCAGUUCAAUGCUGCCGCCGCCACCUCCUAGAAUGAUGCCUCCACCGCCACCGCCACCAAAGUUUCAAUCAUCCUCACAGAAAGUGCAGGACAACAAUGUGGUUAAUAAAGCACCAUGUAAAAUUGUUCCAGAUACAUUAGUCCAGCUAAUGGAAUAUGGGGAUGACGACGACGACGACGAUGAUAAUGAUGAAGCAAUUGACGGACCUUUGAAAAGUAGCUCGAGUGCGGUAGCAACUCCAAAGCCAUUCUGGGCUGUUUAAUAAUGAUCACUGCACAUCUCUGAAGAUUUUGGCAACAGCUGAAUGUGCAUUAGAAGUUGAAUGGUUGAUUUCAAUUGACCUGGAAUUGGCUGUGAACUAUAUAAUAUGCACCCUUCCCCACCCCAGCAAAAAGAUGAGGGGAGCACCAAAUGGAGGAAAAGAGGAAAGGAGAGUUCUGUAGUAUUGUGCCAAGUUGAUAAUACCCGAGUGUAGGUGAUGCCCUAUGUAAAAUGACUUGUACAGAUUCCGCAACCUUGUAUUUCCAUU